AUGCUGGGGAAGCGGCGGGUCUUCACCCUAAAGCCGCUCGGCAGCCAGGAUGGUGGUGGCUGUGAAGCACUUCUGGGUGGCUGUGUGGUGCUUGGUGCUAAGAGCAUCUAUCUUCGUGUUCAUGACAUGCCUAGGGUACCUUCUCCUGAGUCCCAGGAUGGUGACUGCCCUGUGAGAAGCUCCGGGGAACAGGCUUCAAGGGACUCUGGGGUAGAAAUGGGGGAAGGAGAAAGCUCUUCCACCACUCCUUCCAGUUUUGCUUUGGACUCUUCAAACUUGGAGCUGGGAAGGAGGUCCAAGCUGGCCUCUGUCACCAUGGAACCCCCUCCAGACCUGGACCGGCUCCUGGCCAGCCGAAAACUAGAGCAGGUGGUGGCAAGGUCCUGCUGGCCUCGGUCUUCGCCGGCUACAUUGCCCAAGUGUUGGCAGCAGAGGGAGCAAGUAUCUGAGGUGUCCCCAGAAGUAACUGGAGAUCAGAAUGGAACUGAGGAGGCAGAACCUGACUCACAGGCUGGCCCAGCAGAAUCUCUGGCAUUGAGUUCUGAGGCUGAUGCCUGGGCUUGCCUCCCAGGGCAGGGGCUGCGAUACUUGGAACAUCUGUGUUUGAUGCUGGAGCGAAUGGCCCUGCUCCAACAGCUUCAUCAGCAGCUCCAACAGCAGCACCAGCAGAUGCCAACUGGUGUGGAAGGCACAAGCGAGAGCUCAAUUCUUGUCCCUUUUCGCCCUCGAGUCUCUUCUGUCUUGGGAUCUCAGGAAUUUCAGAGACUAGUGGAAAAGUCAGGUAAAGUGGAAGAAUCAGUUUUGCCUCGACAGGCACAGAUGCACAGUGUCAGCACACCAAGUUUGCUAGAGGGACCAGCAGGAGCUGACCACACAAUCCCAUCCUACCAGGGCCACAGGAAUAAUCUCUCCCACUGGGACAAAGUCAAAGCUUUACUCAACAGGAUCAGAUGGAGGAACCCUCGGGCCUCUGAACCCUCUUUUGCUCAAGACCCCCCUGCUCCCAGGCGAGAUUCAAAGGAACUACUGAAAGGCCCUCUGCCUUGCCCCUCAAGGAGGACCUUUUUGCCAAGUUUGGUAUCAAAGAAACAUCGAGCCAAGAACUUCUCUGUUUGUUGAAGCCUCCUACAAGCAAAGUCCUUUCCUUUCUCUCCUUGGCACAUCAUGGGUGGGGCAACACCUCAAUGCAAUAACCUUUAACUGGUUACCAUGACCAGUAGCUUGGAAUGGGUCCCAAGGUGUGAGGGCUGAAUCUCUCUCCUUCAAGAUUUCUGCAAGAUGGGGCUUCUGGACACUUCAGGGAACCAUGAUUUCAUCAGUCCCUCAAUUCAUUGAAAUCCUAUAACUUGAUAUACCAUCUUCCUUGAGUUGCUGCAGUCAAAAGGUUUCAUUUGCCAAGGUGGUGAUGAAUCUCUUUGGCCUUGGGUUGGUCCUUGGUUAAAGACACACAAUCCAUCACUAGGCUCAUCCUUGAAGCCUUUCUAGUUCCAUAAGACUGACUAGAGUUUGGGCUCCACUGCCAGUUUUCAAGAAUUAAGGGUCACCAGGUCAGAAUGAAAGAGGACUGUAUUGGAGGUGGGGUUCCAUGGACUGAAGUGUCCCCUCUCAAGUGCUUUCUAUCUUAACUCUUGUCCCAUUGUCAGAAAUCCCUAGGAUUGUACAAUGUGAACUAACUUAUUUGUUGUGCUUUUGUGUGAAGCAUGUUGUGGUAUAUGAUGCCACAGGCCCUAUGCUUCCUGUUACAGAUGUAUAUUUAUAUGUAAUUAUAUGUAGAUGUGUUUAUAUA